AUGGCCUGGGCGUCUAUUGGGCUCUGGGUCUCGCCGCAAGUGGAAAAUGCUAUGGGUAUGGCGCCUACGAAGGAGGAGCAGGAGGAGUUGGAUCGGAAAUUGGCUAUGGAGGCGGGUACCGUCGGCUACGGCAGUGAGGUUUGGGGGUCUGAAUUGAGACGUCAGCAGCCCAACAUUUGGUUAUCGCAGAAUCUUCACCAGCUCGUAAAGGGGGUCGGCCAUGGAAGACCAAUGUUGACACGACAAUACAGCCUUGUCAACACUCAACAGAGGGCUCGCAUGGCUGGUAAACUUCUCUUUCCAGAAAUUAAAAUCGACAUUGGGACCAUGGUCUCAGAUACUGCUCGGCUAUUGCAUGCAAGACUCCGAAGGCCCCAAUCUGCGACAUCGACUGCUCCAGGAAGAUGGGUGGGGCGGGUUGCAUCCCAUCGACUCGCCCGUGGGAAGAGUAGGGGGCGUGCAUGGAAGUGGCAGCGACUGGAGGAGCCCUGGCCGUUGAAAAGGGCAAGUCGACAAGUUUCAUACAUUGCGUUGGGCGCUGACGUUGGUGCGGUGAAACUGACGCAGAUUGGAUGCAACGGUUGCACAACGACCCGGAGAGUUGUCCAAAGGGACAUUGCGGCAUUCUCGUUGGCCGCCCCCUACCAGACCGUACUUCUGUCGGUCAAAAUUACCAGGCCUUCUGUGGCUUGCAAGGCUUUGGCCCCAUCAGUUUUGCCCGGGUCAUUCACCCCCCUCCCUUGUACGACGUGCAUGGUGGGCCAUUCUAGGGAAGCCAAUAUUGCCUCAGCAAUGCUUGAGUAUUUGGUAGCCAUCGGGGCCCCGCCUGCGGGCAUUACAGAGGUCGGAAACCACUGGAAAGAUGGUCUAUCAUUGCUUAAAUCCUGCAUAGCCUAUUGGGACGGACAAGAUUUCCAAGCUGCCGAGAUCUGUUGGGGGCUGAUAUCCAGACCCAAGGGAAACAAUAGUCGGCUUAGGAUGACUCCGGAACGUGCCGAGAGGCCCAAGGGUUUGGAAGGAGUGGCUCAACCAGACAGACGCGCCCGUCAGCGCUAG